AUGGCCAGCUCACAGACAAUUCUCGUUCUUUUGAGAAUGUUUCUUGUGGUUCAAGUCACUUUUGCCCAGACGGGGAUUGACAUCAAAAACUUAUACGACGAGUUAUUUAACAAACGUUCAUACAAUAAGAACACAUCACCUCAUUCUAACUUAAGCGAGGCAAUUACAAUAACAGUAGAGUUCUCCCUACAAGGAAUCAACUAUUUGGACGAAAUGGAGGAGAAACUAGCCACCACAGCAAACAUCAAGCUGGAAUGGAAAGACGCAUUCCUGUCAUGGGACAAAAGAUAUUUCAAAAACAUUUCCUAUCUUUAUGUUCCUCAAGACGAAGUGUGGAAACCAGACAUUUCAUUACAGAACGGUUUCACCAAACUGAGAGAACUCGGUGAUCAGGUGAUUCUGGUGACAGUACAACAUAAGGGGGAAAUAGAAUGGAAUCCGCUUGAAGUAUUCGAGACCAAAUGUGACAUAGACAUUACAAAAUUCCCGUUCGAUAGUCAAAUUUGCAAGUUAGUAUUUAGGAUGUGGACAUACAAACAAGAAGACGUGAGAUUCAAAUUAAAGAAAGGGCCAGUUCAUACAGACGCUUAUGAAAGAAACGGGAUUUGGGGACUUAGCAGUUCCAACAUUACACAGGAGAGGGGUACCAUCGUCAUCUCUUUAUCUCUGGACCGGAAGUCAGAGUAUUACAUACUUACCAUCAUCUGUCCCAUCAUCUUACUUUCUCUUUUGAACAUUUUCACAUUUGUUAUCCCAGUCGACAGUGGAGAGAAAAUAGGAUACAGCAUGACCGUGCAUCUGGCGUUUGCCGUUCUCCUUACCAUCAUCAGUUCCUCACUUCCGGUAAACUCCCAGACUACAUCCUACCUGGCGGUGUAUGUGAUCAGCCUACUUAUCAAAGGGACCGCCAUCGUUAUGGUGACUGUCAUCCAGGUUCGACUACAUCAUCGUCCAAAUAACAUAGACCUGUCUCCAAUCUAUCGAUGUAUCGUCAAGAUCUGUCAUAGAAAAUGUACUUGUUCCGGAAGAAGGGUGCAACCAAAGACGGACAAUAUAAGAAAUAGUAUUUCGUCUCUAAACGAGAAUUUUGAUAUCAGUAUGCAUUCCUCCUCAAACGUGACGGUGCUGAUUAUAAAGAACCAUUCAGAAUCACCCAGACUUCAAUUGGACGCAGAAAGUGACAACGACGAAGAUGGAAAUAACAUUUAUACGUGGACCAACGUCUCUGCUGCUCUAGAUUAUUUCUUUUUCUGCUUCUUCGCAGUUGUUGACAUUAUUUUAGCCGUCCUAUUUUUCAAAGCACUACUGUAA